UCCCCGAGAGUCAGCCGGAAGCGGGGCGAAGAGACGGUGCGUGAGGCUGGCGGCUCUGGACGGGAUAAUUCCAGCCGUCUGAGCGAGGGGACGGCGGCGCGGGCUGGCCAUGCUCCAGGACUCCCCAUCGCUGUGGGAGCUGGUGGAGGAGCAUGUCCCGCUCCCGGAGCGGCCCGAAGUGAAGAGGAUACUGGGGGAGGCGGCGGUGGAUCUGAGCCUGGAGCUGCGGGCGGAGGUGGUGAUGCUACGGGCGCUGCUCCAAGAGGCUCGAUCCUCCCAAGCCCCGGGCUCCCGCCCUAUCUCUGACCCUUCCUCCCUUCUGGCACCACCGCCCGUCCUAAGGAACCUCGUCCGCCAGGAACUCCGGCAGCUGCUCCAAGGUCUCCGCCACAAGGCUAUCUUCGAGGGCAGGGACCAGACCCAGGCUUGGGCCCGGUAUAGCCCUAGGGUCCUGCGCUUUGCCUUGGAGGAGCCCAGUUGUGAUUUACCAGAACAGGAAAUAUUCCAGAGGAGAGCUGACCCCAGCAGUCACAGGGACCUCAGUGUCAUCAAGGACCAACUGAACAUGUCCAACAUUGAUCAGGUUGCCAGACACCUGAGGGACCUCCUGGAGGAGGAGUGUCGCACCUUGGAGAGGGAGAUCCCCACCUUGCAGCACCGCCUAGAAGAGGAGUGUAUGCGAGUGCGUCAGCCCUCCCAGGCAGCCCCAGAGCCCACCCUGAGAGAGCUAAAGGAACAGAAGAAGGCCAUGGAACAGGAGCUGCAGGCAUCUCUGGGGCCUUCCCAUGUCUCUCCCAACCACAGGCAGCGGCCCUUGGGGUCCUCCAUUCCGGGCCUCAGACCCUUUUCCUGCCUCCAUGGGGCUGCUGGAGUUUGGGCUGAGCCUCUCCAACUCCACCUGCCUGCCCCUCCUUUGGAGCACUGUCCCCAACCUCGAGGCUGGGCUGCCACCUGCCGCUGGGGACGGCAGCUUCAGUGCAGCCCCAGGGAAGAGCCAGCUUCCACACCAAUGUCCAGUAUGGCACCCCAGUUCCCGACCUGAAGGCAGGUCACAACGCAGGCUCCUGCUUCUGCUGGAACUUGCCCAUCUGCUGCUGCUGCUUCUCAGCCAGCUUCAAAUCGUCUUAGAUGAGCUUUUGCCAGGACCCCAAGGCUGUCUGUCUGGCCCUUGUCUCAUCCCCUUGCUGGGUUCUGGGUGUCUGGGGCUGAGAGGCUGGGCAUCUGUCCCAAUCAUCAAAGCCUUUGGCCUUUUUCCUCCCAGGCCUCCACAAAGGCCUGGCAGACAGAGGUCCCAUCCCAGCCCUGACUCUUUCCCCCCGGGGGACCCAGACAAAGCACAGCAGCAGCUCAGAGACAGGAAUAGAAAUUUCAUUAAAAUCUAUGGACUUUAAAA